AUGUCCCUUGCUUCAGGCCCUGGGCCUGGGUGGUUACUCUUUUCCUUUGGAAUGGGGCUGGUAUCAGGGUCAAAGUGUCCAAAUAACUGUCAGUGUCAAGAUGAAGAAGUGAUCUGCACAGGCAUGCAGUUAACUGCAUAUCCCUCUGACAUACCCCUGAGCACUCGGAGGCUGUACCUCAACAAUAACAGAAUAACUUACUUGCCAGCCAUGAAUCUAGGUCUCCUCAGUGACCUUGUUUACUUGGACUGUCAGAACAACCUGAUUCGCGAGGUGAUGGAUUAUACCUUCAUCGGGGUCUUCAAGCUCAUCUACCUUGAUCUCAGCUUCAACAACCUAACCUUGAUCUCCCCAUACAGUUUCUCCGUGCUCAGCAACCUGGUGCAGCUGAACAUCUCCAACAAUCCUCAGCUGUCGUCUCUUAACAAGUUUACCUUUGCCAACACCAGCUCUCUGAGGUAUUUGGACCUCAGAAAUACCGGCUUACAGAUCUUGGACGAUGGUGCCUUCCAUCACCUAGUGACACUAAGGACCCUGUAUCUGAGUGGAAAUCCCUGGAAGUGCAACUGCUCUCUCCUGGACUUCGCCAUUUACUUAAUAGUGUCCCAUCUGGACCACCCAGAUGAUCAAAAUGCCACGUGCACCGAGCCCACAGAGCUGGCGGGGUGGCCCAUCUCACGGGUGGGGAAUCCACUCCGGUACAUGUGCAUUACACACCUGGACCGCCAAGACUACAUCUUCUUGCUGCUCAUCGGCUUCUGCAUCUUCGCUGCAGGCACCGUGGCUGCCUGGCUCACGGGUGUGUGUGCCGUGCUCUACCAGAACACUCGCCGCAAGACAGCUGAAGAUGAGGCCGAGGAGGAGGCUGAGAAAAGUCUGGAUGUCAGCAGGCGGAUUUUUCAUGGCCAGAGUGAAUCAGUGCAGGACGGUUUCCCUCAGCUGAUUUAG